CUGAAAAACUUCACUUGAAAAUGUCGCUUUUUGGAAUAUAGAUGAACGAAACAAAAUCUAGUUUAUUUAAUUAUUAGUGCUUGAUAAUUGCCUAAAAAUACUCAUCAGGUUAUGGGCCCAGAUCACAGCAAAUAGCGCUCCAUAAAUAUUUUUGGGUAAUUAUCAGUGAAACUUUUCAAAUUCAAAGAAGUAAAAAGCUAACCUCAAAAAGAAAAGGCGAAAUGGCUCAAUUGGAGCACCAAUAAUCGCAAAACUGUUGGGAAGGAAAAACUUCAGCAGCUGGAAAUUUGCGAUGCAAGCAUUAUUGGAGCACGAAGAUUUAUGGGGUUGUGUGACUAACUCGGAAAGUUGGAUUAUUACGCACUCUAGUGACCACCCGUUUAGAAAAUUGCACUUCCGUUGAUGAUUAUGUAAACACAAUCAUUACGACGGCCCAUAAAAUGAAUGGAUAAAAUUUCAAAGUUGAAGAUGAAUGGAUUGGUACCCUAUUAUUGGAUGGUCUUCCCGAUGAGUAUAGACCAAUGAUUAUGGGACUGGAGGGUUCUGGUAUGGCUAUAACCAGUGAUUCGAUCAAGAUGAAGUUACUUCAAGAGGUGAAGUCUGACGUAAAAUUCCAAACUAGUGACUCUGGAACUGCACUAGUUGCCAAGUCGAAUCAUAAGUACAAGUUUAAGAAGAAAGGUCCUAGAUGCUACCAAUGUAACCAGUUUCAUCACUAUCCUAAUAACUGUUCUGGAAAGAAAAAUUCAAAAUCAGGAGAAGGAAAUUCAAAAGCCUUUUUUGCCAUGGCUGCAUUGGGCGAGGCAACAGAAGAUUCAAAAUGGUAUCUGAAUUCAUGUGCAUCAUCACAUAUGACGUCGAAUUCAAAGUGGUUGGAGCAAAGUAGGCAGUCUGAAGGUGUCCAAAUUUCAACAGCUGAUAACAGCAAAACGAAAGCCAAAAUGAUUGGCAAUAUGAAAGUUCCAGUUUUGGCUAAUGGUUGUCCUGAUGAAGUUAUAGCUAAAGACAUUUUAUAUGUGCCAAAAUCGCCGCUAUUCUCUUGUCUGUAAGUAAAAUUGUGGACAAAGGCAAUUCAGUUAUUUUUAGCUCAAAUGGUUGUAAAAUAAUAUCUGAAAAUGGUGAUGUACUUGCAACUGCCAAAAAAUCUAAUGGAGUUUUUGAAUUGGACUCGCCUCCCAUUAAUGUGGCCUUGAAGUUUCCAAUGGUGAGCUAUGGCACAAACUCAUGAAGAAAAAUCUGGUUUUAGGUUAUGAUCUUGAGCAGUGUAGUGACCUUCCAUGUAAAACAUUUUAAUAUGACUCCAACAAUUUAUGUUUUUUAAAGAUAGCAUUAAGGAUGUUUUUUGUAUUGUGAGAUGUUCUAUACAACAAUUUGUAUUAUUUUUUUGACGUGUCAAUGCUACUUUUGUAGUUUUUUAUGGCAAAAUAAAUACUUAGGUACUUACUUACUUACUUACUAACAUGCAUAAAAGGCAAACACC